ACGUGAAGUGUAGUGUACGUGAUUACUUGUGUCGUUUCUUUUCCUAUCGACGACAGCAUACAAAAUCAUGUUUAUUUAUGUAAUAGUUAAUCACACUUAGUUUAGAGCUUUUGUAAUUAGUGAUUUCCGACAAAUACCUAUCGUUUUAUGGGAGUUGGAGCAUCAACAUGGGUUGUUUAGCUUGGAUCCGAGGCUUAAAAAUAACGCUUCCAUUCAAAGACAAAGAAUUAAACAAAAUAGCAGCAUUCUUCAAUGUAACCACUUUCCUCCUAACCUGCGCUGCCCUGGUGCAGCCCAGCUGGUUCAGGAUAAAGGGACUGCACUGCACUCAGAGCCUGUCUCUGUCUCAGUUCUUCUCAUUUGAUGAAGAUGAUGACUAUGAUGAUCAGAUUAACAUAGAUCAGGGGAGAGACUUUGAUCCGGUGAAGAGGGAUUACCCUGGUCUACCACCAUGCACAACACCAGAGACCAUUACACUCAUGAGAGUACUCAUCCUAUUAUGCUUCAUGGUGCUGCUUUGUUCCUCUAUCGGAAUCCUCAUCAACAUAACUAGCUUGAACAGCAAAGCAAUCAAGAUGCUCCGUAGGAAUGCCAUCCCGAGCAUAAUGUGUGUGUUUUGGGUGAUAGCUAUAGUCGGCGUGUGCUAUUACACCACUGUGGUAUUGGGGAAUGCAAACAACUAUGAUCCUAAUACAAUACAGGUGGAUUAUGAGUAUGGUUUCUACACGAUAACUGGUGCCGGUGCUCUAGCAUUGCUAGCAUCCGCCGCCAAUUUAUGGGGGGCGCCACUCUCCAGCGACGAGGACAUCCAGCGUCGAAACCUCAUGGAGGACUGGGACGGCUACGAGGCUCACAGCGUGGGCCCCACCCCGUAUGUGCCGGCGCUGCCGCCCUACACGCCGAGCGCCGAGUUCCCGGCGGAGUACGCGCCGUCGGCGCUGCCCGUGUACGCGCCGCCCGUGCUCGGAGCGCAGCAGUACUUCCCCUUCGACGACCUUUCUAUAUUACCGCCGCCUCCGCCUUAUACCCCCUAAGGUUAUUCCAUUCUUGUUUUGUCCUAUUACUAUAUGCCAGCGUUUUGAUUCACGUU